AUGGACAAACCAACAGAGGUCGAAACAUCAAGGUGGACCAAAAUUGCAUUGGUAAAAGCUUGCAAAGCUUUUGGUGUAAAUGCGGCAGGGUUCGAACAUGACAUCUUGGGUAUCAUUUUAAGGAUGGGGGAGAGAAGAAAGGCUCAACUACUGCUUCAACAACAACAGGCUAAGGCAGUAGCAAGCCCUAGAAAGGGGAAGAAUAAAGGGGAAGCAGAACUUAAAAAACUGGCUUGGGGUCUUCAAGAAGGCAAUGACAGAAAGGUUAGAGGGGUCUAUGGCCCUCAUACCAACCCAGAAAGGAAGGAAUUUUGGCAUGAAUUGGCAGCAAUCGGUGGUUUAUGGUCAGACCAAUGGGUAAUCGGCGGAGAUUUCAAUGCAUGCAGAUAUGAAAGUGAAAGACUUAAUUGCUCCAGAAGAUCUAGGGCAAUGAUCGACUUCUCAAAUUUUAUAUUGGAGCUGGGCUUGAUUGAUCCUCCUCUUAAUGGAGUACAAUACACAUGGUCAAGAGGGGAGAACUUUACACAAGCGUCCAGAAUUGACAGAUUUUUGCAUUCAACUGAAUGGGGUGAUUCAUUUAAAGCAGUAAAACAGCUAUCAAUGCCCAAGGUAAUUUCAAACCACAAACCAAUCCUCCUGGAAAGUGGAGACUGGGAACCGACACCAUCCUACUUCAAGUUUGAAAAUAUGUGGCUACAAACUGAAGGGUCUAUGGAUAUGAUAAAAGAAUGGUGGCAAUCCUAUACAAUCAUUGGCUCCCUAGACUAUAUUCUCAUCCAGAAGUUGAGAUCCUUAAAGAAGGACAUAACAACCUGGAAUAGAGAAGUGCAUGGCAAGUUGGAAGACAAAAGGAACAAGGCACUUUGUGAUGACCCAAAAGAUGAAUGUGUUGAUCUAGAAUCAUCUUUUGAGGAAUCAGAAGUCUUAGCAGCCUUAAAGUCUUGUGCUCCUGAUAAAGUACCAGGCCCCGAUGGGUUCACUAUGGCCUUCUUUCAAAAGGCAUGGGAUUUUUUUAAAACAAAUAUCAUGAAGGCUCUCAAUCACUUCUAUCAUAGUUGUCAUACGGUCAAAUCCUGCAAUGCUGCAUUUAUUGCUCUUAUCUCCAAAAGGAAAGGAGCAAUAGAACUAAAGGACUAUAGACCUAUCAGUUUAACAGGGAGUGUUUACAAGAUAGCUGCAAAAAUUUUGGUUGAAAGAUUAAAAAAGAUCAUUGCCAAGUUGAUCUCUGGGCAACAAAGUGCUUUUAUAAAAAAUAGGCAGAUCACACAUGCCUCCCUGAUUGCUAAUGAGGUCUUGGAUUGGAGAAUCAAAAGUGGUGAAACAGGUUUGCUGUGCAAAUUAGACAUUGAAAAAGCUUUUGAUCAAUUGAGUUGGGCAUAUCUCACCAACAUCUUAAAGAAGAUGGAAUUUGGAGAUAGAAGUCCUGUAGGUUUCUUUUCUCCUCAUAAAGGCCUCAGGCAAGGAGAUCAACUCUCUCCUUUUCUCUUUAUAUUGGCAAUGGAGGGUCUCUCACAUAUUCUAGGAAGGGCAAAAGAGCUUCGAUGGAUACAAGGUUUUCAGGUGGGGAGAAAUCCUGCAAAUUCAGUCACUGUAUCACACCUGCUAUAUGCAAAUGACACAUUGAUCUUCUGUGAUACAGAAAGGUCACAAGUAAUCAAUCUCAAUCUCAUCUUACUCAUUUUUGAAGUAUUGUCCGGGCUACACAUCAAUAUGCUUAAAAGCAUUAUUUAUCCAGUGAACGAGGUUCAAAAUUUGGAGGAUUUAGCUGAAAUACUUAGCUGCAAAACUGGCUCCUUCCCCACAACUUAUUUAGGACUCCCCUUGGGAGCCAAAUUCAAAUCCACUGGAAUUUAG